UCUUCUGGCUGGAUCAAAAAUGUCGGCAAACGGGAGCAAUGGUGACUCCAAGCUGUGCUCGGUGCAGGCUAGGGGCACCCCGACACCGGGAAUGGCCACAAUCCUUGCUCUCGGCAAGGCGUUCCCGAAGCAACUCGUCCUCCAGGAUCGCCUCGUGGAGGGAUUCAUUCGUGACACCAAGUGUGGCGAUCCUUCCAUCAAGGAGAAACUGGCCCACCUGUGUAAAAAGACAACUGUGCAGAGAAGGUACACAGUGAUGUCCAAGGAGAUCCUCGACAAGUACCCCGAACUGGCGACAGAAGGCUCCCCUACAAUCAAGCAGAGGCUCGAGAUAGCCAACCCAGCUGUCCUGGACAUGGCGGUGGAAGCUAGCCUUUCUUGCAUCAGCGAAUGGGGACGAAAGAUUGAGGACAUCACCCACCUCGUGUACGUCUCCUCCAGCGAACUGAGAUUGCCUGGGGGGGAUCUUCACUUAUCUGCCAAGCUAGGCCUGAAGAGCGAUGUCGGGCGUGUGAUGCUGUACUUCUUAGGUUGUUAUGGUGGCGUCACUGGCCUCAGGGUCGCCAAGGACAUUGCUGAGAACAACCCCGGGAGCCGUGUCCUCUUGACCACCUCGGAGACCACCAUACUAGGGUUCCGGCCCCCGAACAAUGAGCGACCCUAUGACCUUGUAGGCGCGGCACUCUUCGGGGAUGGUGCUGCAGCGGUGGUCAUUGGGGCCGAUCCUAUACCGGGCCUGGAGUCUCCUUUCAUGGAGAUGAACUGCGCGGUCCAGCAAUUCUUGCCCGGGACACAGAAUGUCAUCGAUGGCAAACUGUCCGAAGAGGGCAUUUAUUUUAAGCUCGGUAGGGACCUUCCAUUGAAAAUCGAGGCAAACAUUCAGGAUUUCUGCAAGAAGCUCGUGGAGAAGGGCAAGAUAACCACUGGCCGGCCAGAGUUCAAUGACCUGUUCUGGGCCGUGCACCCGGGAGGGCCCGCGAUCCUGAACAAGUUGGAGAACACAUUGGGGUUGACGAGUGAGAAGCUUGAGUGCAGUAGGAAGGCAUUGAUGGACUAUGGAAAUGUUAGUAGCAACACAAUCUUCUAUGUCAUGGAGAACAUGCGGGAGGAGCUUAAGGGCAAGACGGGAGAAGGUGAAGAGUGGGGACUAGCCCUGGCAUUCGGUCCCGGCAUCACAUUCGAAGGCAUCCUCAUGCGAAGCCUCUACUGAUGGAUACCGCAUUAGUCACUUAAUCCCGGGAUUCGCUUUAUAUUGUCACACUCAUAUAUAUAGUAGAUAUCCAUAAAAUUGGAAGAAAAGGAAGGGUCUCAUCGAUUUGCUACAAUCAAACCGAUGCAUAAGUUAUAUUUUGUUAUAUAUAAGCUUGAGACAAAAGGGGAAAAAAUGUGAAAAAUUGAUCAAAUAUAUAUGCUUUUGUUUUUCUUAA